AUGUUGGGAUUGAGAUUGUCUUCUAUGGAUGGUAGUAUGGUAAUAGAUACUCCUGCUAGUGGUUCUGUUACUACUACUUUUGUUUACAAAGGAUGUCCUUUGACUAUCCUUAGAAUGAACUGGUUGGAGUUCAACUGUGUUCAUAUCAAUUGUUUCAAUAAGACAUUGAGGUUUCCAAAGUUUGGUGAUGGUGGAGAACUAAUGUUAUUGACUACUAAGCAAGUGAGUGAAUGCCUUAGAAACGAGACUGUGAUGUUUCCUUUGUUCGCAUCAUUGCAAAUUGACCGUGAAACUACAAGUGAUGAACUUUCGGUUGUCUAUGAAUUUCCCAAGGUAUUUCCGGAUGAUAUAAGUGAUUUGCCUCCAAAACAUGAAGUAGAGUUUUCUAUAGAGUUGGUGCCAGGUACGAGUUCAGUAUCGAUGACUCCUUAUAGAAUGCCGGCUUCCAAGCUGAAUGAAUUGAAGAAGCAAUUGGAAGAGAUGCUCGAGAAGAAGUUUGUUUGA